AUGCCAGCUUACCACAAAUGCUCCGUGUCCGAACUCCGCAACUUCUGCGAGACUCGCAAGUUGGUCAUGCCGCUAUCCGAGAAGGCCUCGAGGACCGACUUGAUUCACACACUCCACGCAGCAGACGAGAGUCAACCGCUCGAUGAAUCUAUGGAUCUGCCGCCUGAGGUGCGUGUCAUCAUCUACAAGUUCUACCUCGGAUCUCUCAACACUCAACGUCAAAUGCCUGCACAACCACCACUUCUCAAGGUCUCCCGCCUCGUCCGACAGGAAAGUUUUCCCCUCUUCUAUGACCUGUGCGAUUUCGCGAUUCUGUUCGGCGAGUGGGGUUAUAACUACAGCAUGCCACAGGACCAUAGUUUCUUCAAGGCAGCUAGCGUGCCGACCUUCGCUCAAGGGCUCCAAGGUCCAUCUCAGCCGCUUGGACACCUUGUGAAGCGGCUGUGUGUCGCAGCGGAUGUGCAUCACGCUCGGAGGUUGCGCAUGAGGUACGAUGUGUGCAUCGAAGCUGGCGCGAGCGGAGUUCAGAUGACGAUACAGAGGGAUGACAAGAAGUUUCCGUUCACUCAGUCUCCAGAAGUAGAGACUGAGCUCCGCAGGCGGGCAGGGGUGUUGCUUGACAUGUUCAGAGAGCGCCAGCGGGGUUCUAUUGCUGUGGGAAUGGUCUCGUUAGAGGCAGAAGACACGAGAGAGCUCGGCAGCGACAGUAGAGCCCGGGCGGAAGUGUAUGGCACAAUUGUUACAGUCGAUGGCGGCAUGAAGGAAGAUGAAGACGUGGCGAAGCAAGGCACGCUAAUGCUCGAGCCUGCGGACUACGCCAGACUCGGAUCGUUAUUAUUCAUGCUGCCGUGGAGAUAG